UUCUAAAGCCUGGCAAGGGAAGGAAGGAAUCAAUGGCUCAUCAUCCAGAUUGAGAUUGAGAUUGAGAGUCUCAUCCUCAAAACAACGUCCAUUUCGUCAUCUCCGAUAGACCUUGCAAAUCUGCUCGGUUUCGUCGAUGUUCCUCAAUCACACCCUUCAAUCUUCAGUUCCACUCUCACCCUAUCGUUGAUUGUGCACGCUUUGUAGCUGCACUAGACAUUUCCCUAUGAAGAAUUGAUGUAGCUGGGUGCCAUUCAAGGCCAUUUUUUUCUCACAAGUUUGGGCCAAUUUUGGGCUGUGUCCAGAUGUUUCCGGUUUUUGGAUUUUGAGGUUCUUGCAAUUUCAUGGGUUUCGAGGAAUUGGGGUCCUUUUGAGAGUGGCUUAUGGUUGGGGAUUCUGGUGUCGUGGCAUAGUUAGCAGGAUUAAGGCGGUGGAGAGCUCUUAUCACAGUGUGGGUUUUCGUCACUGGUUCUUGGUUGAUGGAAGUGGAGUUGUUUGUUCUUCCUGAUAUCUUGCUGAAUUUCACAAGCUCUUGAUGGAGGGUUGAGAGCUGAUAUCUCCUGACAACGUCUCCCUCGUCGCAAUGUGGAUCACGUUGCUAGAGUGGAAUCAAAAUUGGCAGAAUUUUUGCACGUACAUGUGAAGAGUGCUCAGCAUCGUCGUCGGAUUCUGCUGGAAAGGCCAUGGAUUCGACACUUCAGCUUCUCAACAGCCCCAAUUUAUCAAAUGAGCUUAUUAAUGGGCAGAAUGGGAGCGGUCUUAAUUUUUCAUUCUUCCAGAAAAGUGAUAGGCAGACAGUUUCUGUAGGCACAGUCAUCUGGUCGGAACAACAGUUUCAGCGCCCACAUGAAUAUGCCUCGUCUGUUCCUAGAGAAAGACAUAAUUUUCGUCCCAUAGCUUGUGCAUCCUUCAGGAGUGGGAAAAGAAACUCUGAACCUACCAGUACGAAUGUUUUGAGGCGAACUUCACCAAUUGAUGAUGCUGGUAAGCACUUGCAGCUCUUGCAGAAUACGGAUGAAGCGAGGGAGGCAGUUAUUAGGUUGAAGGCUCGUGUUCAACAGGGCAUUUCUAUAGACUCUUAUACGUACGUUGAUAUUCUACAAAAGGUUUUCAAGCAUAAAGAUCUUGUGUUGGCCAAGCAAGUCCAUGAGUGCAUCAUAAAAAGUGAAAUGGAGCAACAUCCGUAUGUGGCUAACAAGCUAAUGAGUAUCUACAUUAGAUGUGGGAGGUUGCAGAAUACACGCGAAGUAUUUGACACACUUGUGGAGAAAAAUGUUUUCAAUUGGACCAUCAUGAUUGGAGGAUAUGCUGAGAAUAAUCAUUUUGAAGAUGCAAUAGAAGUAUAUAAUAAAAUGCGCCAAAAUGGUGUGCAACCAAAUGAGAUAACUUUCUUCAACAUCCUCAAGGCUUGCACCAGCCCAAUGGCUCUAAAGUGGGGCAGGAAAAUCCAUGAUCACAUCAGACAUGCUGGCUUUCAAUCAGACCUGCGUCUGGGAAAUGCGCUUAUUCACAUGUACGCUCGGUGUGGUAGUAUGGAUGAUGCAAGGCUGGUUUUCAAUGGAAUGGUGGAUCGCGAUAUUAUUACUUGGAAUGUGAUGAUUGGUAGACUUGUACAGCAUGGGCGUGGACAUGAGGCUUUCUCCCUCUUUCUCCAGAUGCAGCGAGAAGGGUUUGUUCCAGAUACAACCACUUAUUUGAGUAUGCUCAACGCGAAUGCUUGCACAGGGGCUUUGGGAUGGGUGAAGGAGGUUCACAGCCACGCCCUCAGAGCAGGACUGGAGUCAGAUGUGCGUGUGGGCACAGCACUUGUGCACAUGUAUGCCAGGAGUGGCAGUAUUAAGGAUGCCCGAUUAGUUUUUGACAAAAUGACGGAACGCAAUAUCAUCACGUGGAACUCUAUGAUUGGUGGACUUGCACAGCACGGAUGUGGGCUUGAAGCAUUCUCCCUCUUUCGCCAGAUGCAGAGGGAAGGGCUUGUUCCGGAUGCAAUUACUUAUGUGAACAUCCUUAAUAAUGCAUGUGCAAGCACAGGGGCUUUACAAUGGGUGCGAAAGGUUCACGAUGACGCUGCGAAGGUGGGACUUGACUUUGAUGUGCGGGUGGGCAAUGCACUGGUUCAUAUGUAUGCCAAGUGUGGGAGCAUGGAUGAUGCUAGACGGGUCUUUUACGGAAUGGUGGAUCGUGAUGUUGUCAGUUGGACUGUUAUGAUUGGUGGUCUUGCCCAGCAUGGGUUUGGGCGUGAAGCAUUCUCUCUUUUUCUUCAGAUGCAAAGAGAGGGAUUUGUACCGAAUUUAACUACUUAUCUCUCCAUCCUUAACGGGAAAGCAAGCACAGGGGCUUUGGAAUGGGUAAAGGAGGUUCAUACUCACGCCGUCAAUGCGGAGCUUGAUUCUCAUUUGCGUGUGGGUAAUGCUCUAAUACACAUGUAUGCUAAGUGCGGCAGCAUCGAGAAUGCCAGAUUGGUUUUUGAUAGAAUGGAAGAUCGAGAUAUUAUCAGUUGGAAUGCAAUGAUUGGUGGACUCGCACAAAACGGACAUGGGCGUGAGGCUUUCUCUCAUUUUCUUGAGAUGCAGAGAGAAGGAUUCAUCCCUGACGCAGCUACUCUUGUGAGCAUCCUGAAUGCAUGCGCGAGCACAAGGGCUUUGGAUAGGGUUAAGGAGGUUCAUAGUCACGCCCUCGAGGCCGGACUUGAGUCAGAUUUGCGCGUUGGCAGCGCUCUUGUGCACACGUAUGCCAAGUGUGGCAGAAUUGACGAUGCCAGACUCGUGUUUGAGGGAAUGGCGAGUCGUGAUAUUAUCACUUGGAACGUGAUGAUUGGAGGACUUGCUCAACAUGGGCGUGAGCAUGAAGCGUUCUCCCUCUUUCUUCAGAUGCAGGACGUAGGGUUUGUUCCUGAUGCUAUUACUUACCUAAGCAUACUUGGUGGGAAUGUAAGUAUAGAAGCUUUGGAAUGGGUGAAGGAGGUGCACAGGCACGCCGUACGUGCAGGAUUUGAUACUGAUCCGCGAGUCAGCAGUGCACUUGUUCAUAUGUACACCAAAUGUGGCGAUAUUGAUAAUGCUAAACUAGUUUCUAACGGGAAGAUAGAAACUGGCCCUUUGACAUAGAUGACAAUGAUCAGUGAAUUUACACCACUCAGUCGUGGGUAUGGUCAAGAUGCCCUACAACGUUCAUGGCAGAUUUGUCAGCCUGUUAUCAUGCAGGUGUCGUUUGUGGCGGCCACUGCUAGGAUUCUGACUAUGACGCAAGAUAUUGGCACUGCAACUACAGUAGUGCAAGCAGGCCAUUUGGAGUAAAUCGAGCAUUUCACUCCAAA